AUGAUCAAGAAGAUAGCGCUUCCGGCGUUGCGUCCAGGCAGCAAGGAGACCAACAAAGUGGUGAAGUACUCCUCAUGCAGCAACCGAAUUGUCGAUGAUGAUGACGGCCUCGAUGAGGUGGCUGUGAUCAGCAAUGCUGACCCGGAAAGUGUUCGCUAUGGCAGUGGCAGUCACCACUCCACCGCCAAUGGACCUCGAGUCGUUCCAGGCAUUAUCACCGCCGGAAUGGACCGCAGCAAGGUGCUCACCUCAUCACUGGCCAGCAGCAGUUUAACUCAAAAAAGGCCUUCAACCGUGAUAUCCUCUAGUCUUAUAUCUCCUGGUCAAAGUAACGAUAAUCAAAAUAUAAAAAACCGGUGCUCUUCUAGGCAGUCUCUAAUUGGCAGCGGUGAAAUCAACAAAGUGAACAUUGGUGCUAAUGCUAAUCCAAACGCUUAUCUCGGCAAUGGCAAAGACACUGACCCUAAGAAAAAUGCGCCUCCUCAAGUUACAGGGUUCGUUAACAGAGCGCACAUAACCAGCGAGCUGGAAAUACCAAAGAAAACGCGUGAGCAAAGACGGAAAGAGAUUAAGAAGGAGUUUGAGAAAUGGGAAACAACAAACGCCAUUCACCACAAAUCUGGCUGUAACUGGUCCUUUGUUUUUGACCCCUCUGGUCGGUUGUGCUACUACUGGUCAAUGAUCGUCAGCAUUGCCUUCCUCUACAACUUCUGGACCAUCAUCUACCGAUGCGCUUUUCAGGAGAUCAACGAGAGCACUGUAGCGACCUGGUUCGCCCUGGACUACUUCUCUGACUUUAUUUACAUACUAGACAUUGCAGUCAACUUUCGCACCGGUUACCUCGAGGAAGGCGUCCUCCAGACGGACAGUAUGAAGCUGCGGCAGCACUACAUGAACUGCACCAUGUUCUACAUUGACUGUCUCUGCCUGCUACCGCUCGAUAUCCUCUACCUUUCAAUUGGCUUCAAAUCAGUUCUCCGGUGUUUUCGUUUGGUGAAGAUAUACCGGUUCUGGGCGUUCCUGGACCGAACUGAGCGCCACACCAACUAUCCCAAUGUGUUUCGAACUCUUAGUCUGAUGCACUACAUUCUGGUCAUUUUCCACUGGAACGCCUGUCUCAGUCACAUCAUUCACAUGAAGGAUGGCUUUGGCUCACGCGAUUGGUUCACUCGCUCGAAGAAUAAAAGCGAUUGUGAGGGCGUUACUUGCGACUACCUCCACGCUAUGUACUGGUCUGUACUGGCUCUAACUACAAUUGGUGAUCUCCCGAUGCCGCGAACCAAGAGUGAAUAUGGAUUUCUUAUAAUGCAACUCGUUUUCGGUCUUUUUCUUUUUGCAACCGUUUUGGGCCAUGUGGCUAAUAUUGUCACUAAUGUAAGCGCCGCGAGAAAAGAGUUUCAAGCAAAACUGGAUGCUGUUAAGACAUACAUGAGAAUGCGUCGAGUGCCUGAUCAUAUCCAAACCAAAGUGAUUCGCUGGUUUGAUUACCUGUGGAUGACUCAAAAAUCAUCAGACGAGGAAAGAUCUGUUGGUUGCCUUCCAGAUAAACUCAAAGCGGAAAUUGCUAUCCACGUUCACCUGGACACGCUCAAAAGAGUGGAAAUAUUUCAGAAUACUGAAGCAGGCUUCCUUUGCGAGCUAGUGCUUCGGUUGCGCCCAGUUCUAUUCAGUCCAGGCGACUACAUUUGCAGAAAGGGCGAAGUUGGCAAAGAGAUGUACAUUGUUAACCGUGGAAGAUUACAGGUUGUCACUGAUAAUGGAAAGACGGUACUGGCUACACUUCGAGCUGGAAGCUACUUUGGUGAAAUUAGCAUCCUCAACAUGGGCACUGCAGGCAACCGGCGAACAGCAUCAGUUCGUUCGGUUGGCUACUCUGAUCUGUUCUGCCUCAACAAACAAGACAUGUGGGAUGUACUCAAAGACUACCCUGCAGCUCGAGUGAGAUUAGAAGCAAUUGCCGUGAAGCGUCUGGAGAAAUACCGCAAGGAGCCUUUAAAGAAAAUUGCAAUGGGUCGAAGCCGGAGCACACCUGGUUUGGUGGAAUCAAAGGGAAAGCUGCCCAUGAAUGAGCUGGACAGGCACAGGAAGGAGAUCACUUCUGCCUCAACGGCGACCUUGCUUCCUGAUGAAGAGUGCGACAAGGCUCUGCUCGCCGAAAGGAAUGCCCUGGCGGGUGAAGUAGAGACGGCCAGUAUGGCCAGCGAGGAAACGACCACUCUGAAGGCGGGCAAACAAGGUCAGAACAUAGCUCUCCAGUCAGCCAGUCCGCAACCAUUCGCACAAGUACUGAGCAGUGGUCAGUCGCCGGCACUGCUGUACUCUGGUCCUGGGGCGCACCUGUUGGCGCCCAAUGUGACCCUGAUGAACUUUGACAACCGCGCACAAGGGGGAUACCAGAUACCAUUCUACCACGGACAGUACACGCCUUACUGUGGUCUCAGUCCGGCAGCAUCCACUAACCACCUUUCAAUUCCCUCGGCCUGCAUUGGAACACCGUCGCCAAACAACUUUCUCUCCGAAGAGAACUCUGUCACCGGAGCACCAGUCAGUGGUACUGGAGGUGGUGGUGUUGGUGGUGGCAGCCAGUCAGAGUUGCAGUCUCAAGAUGCUUUGCUCUCAGAAAUAAAGCGUCUUCGGGAACGACUGCUGACGCUAGAGACGGAGAAUGCCUCCAUGUCAAUGAAGCUGAACCAGCAGCAGUGGCAGGUGGAAAACAGACUGGCUGAGAUUGAACUGCAAAUAUGCUCAGCAACAAGUGGAAACUCCUGUUCGGCUCAACUAGCCUCAGUCAGCUCGAACAGCUCCAACGUAAGUGCCGAAGAGAAUGAACGCAACAAAGAGUCCAUCAUCUGA